AUGCCGGCAGAUAUGCGCACCCACGUCCAGCGCAUCUUCGUCAAGACCCCCCGCGAGAAGCAGACCAUGAUGUUCACGGCCACCCUGCCGGAUGAGAUGAAGACCAUCUGCAAGCGCUUCAUGAACCAUCCGCUGGAGAUCUACGUCGACAAGGAGUCGAAGCUGACCCUGGCCGGUCUGCGCCAGUACUACGUCUCGGUCCUGGACCAGCAGAAGGUCGAGCGUCUGAUGGGCCUGCUGGACCACCUGGACUUCAGCCAGGUCGUCAUCUUCGUGCGCAGCAUCGCCCGGUGCAAGAUGCUGGCCGAGCUUCUGGCCAACGAGAACUUCCCGGCCAUUGCCAUCUACAGCACUCUGGAUACGCAGGAGCGUAUUGCCCGCUACCGCCGCUUCAAGGAGAACAAGGAGCGCAUCCUGGUGGCCACUGACCUGUUCGGUCGUGGUAUCGAUAUCGAGCACGUCAACAUCGUCAUCAACUUUGAUCUGCCCGAGAGCUCGGACCAGUACCUGCACCGCGUUGGCCGUGCCGGUCGUUUUGGCACCAAGGGCCUGGCCAUCGCCUUCUGCGACAACAAGAAGGAGGAGGUUGACCUGCUGGAGAGCAUCCAGAACCGCUUCGAGGUUGACAUCGAGGAGCUCCCCGACCACAUCGACCCGAGCACCUACAUGGUUGCCUAA